CGAAGAAGCGAGCGUGUUCAGGCUAGUCCAAAGCCUGGGUCAUCGCAGGCUCUAUUUCGGAUCGCUCUGCCGUCUGCCGUGUGCACUGUUGUUUGCACUGUUCGCCUCGUUCCGUCCGCUCCUCUGCAGAGGUCCAUCGACCGCUUCAGUGAUGAAAGCAAAGCAUGGCGGCAAAGAGUCCCCGGAGGAGUUUCUGACGGCCGAGACGGAUGCACAGGAAAAGGGUAUGACGACCAUGAUGACCAUGAACAUGUCGGCCCUGUACGCGGACCACAAGACAGCCGACCACACCGUGGCACUCAGUGAGGACCGCCGGGGUCGACAGCCAGGGGCCAUCGUUACAGCGACUGUGCUCAGGACCGCACUUGUUGGCGUCUCGAUCUACCAGUCCAAGGCGCUCAGGCAGUGCGCGUCCAUCUCACUCCUGUUCCUCCUCUUGCUGCUCCUGUGGCUGUUCACCUGGCUGGCGACGGGUAAGUCGGGAAAGACAACGACUGCCACCGCGAGUUCCGAGACGUCCAUCGUCGCCUUCGACACCACGCAUGUCCCGAUAAGCAACGAGGCAAUCGACAUCACGCAUGCCUCGACAAGCAACGAGGCAAUCGACACCACGCAUGCCGCGACAAGUCACGAGGCAACUAACGGGACGCUGCCGUUGGACGUCUUCGAGACACUGUCGCUGCUAAACGACAUGACGGUGCCCAACCAUGUGCUGGACAUAGACUCAUUCCCUGAAUGACCAUGGUACUGUGCGCGCCGGUGUCGGCAAGGGCCUGGUGCGAUAACCUACGCUAUCAUCACCGGAAGACGUGUGCCUUCCAUGUUAUUAAAAUAACUAUUUCUGCAACUGAUAACACUCGGGAAAGAGCCUUCAAGUGCCAUUUUUGGGGCGCGAGAAAUGAAGGUAUAAUAAUUACCAAGCUGCGAAAAAAAAAAGAAGCGUGAACGUUCGUGUGCCUAAGUAUAUCGUGACACGGGAAACAUGGUGGGCAGCGCCGUUAUUUGAGGGCCUUAAGACCCCAUCCGGAAGUCGUAUAGGAGAGAGGUGAGAAGGAUAACCAUAGGAAUAGUAGGGAUGUAGUAAAAGAGAUGUAACAGAGAAACAUAACAGAAAUGUUUACAAUAUCUUCAUAGCGCCGUUCUACUGCUUGUCAUUUCUGUUGUUCGUAUCGUACGUGUCUGCAUAAAUAUACGUAAAAGUCAAUAGCACAAUUGGGCAGAAAGCUCUGCACUUGUAACCAAGGAAAGCGAAGAG